ACUGAAUAUCGGGUUCGGCAGGGUGGACGUUCUAUACACCCAUGAGGUAAUCUCGUAACCACCAGACAUGGCGAACACUAUCAAGGCGUCGGUAGUGCAAGCAAGCACCGCGGCUUAUUCCUUGCCUGACACCUUGGACAAGCUCGAAAAGCUGACGCGCCUUGCCAAGGAACGAGAUGGCGCGCAACUCGCGGUGUUCCCGGAAGCAUUCAUCGGGGGUUAUCCCAAGAUGUCGACGUUCGGCCUGGUCGUGGGUGAUCGCCAGCCAGAGGGACGCGACGAAUUCGUUCGCUACGCCAAGGCAGCCAUCGAAAUACCCUCGCCUGCGAUCACUAGGAUUGAGCAGAUCAGCAGGGAGACGAACGUCUUCAUCGUUGUAGGUGUGAUCGAGCGCGACGCAGGGACGCUCUACUGCACGGCGGUGUUCGUUGACCCCGAGAAGGGGUACGUGGACAAACACCGGAAGCUCGUGCCCACCGCGAUGGAGCGCGUCAUAUGGGGCCAGGGCGACGGUUCAACGCUCCCAGUUCUCGACAAGAGCUUUGAGAGCGCGUCUGCACCGGGUUCCACUGUGAACACCAAACUGUCUGCUACGAUAUGCUGGGAAAACUAUAUGCCUCUGUUGAGGACCUACUACUACUCUCAGGGCACACAGAUUUAUUGCGCACCCACUGUCGACGCCCGGCCGGCAUGGCAGCACACGAUGACGCACAUCGCGCUCGAGGGACGCUGCUUCGUCCUUUCCGCCUGCCAGUUCGCCCAAGAGAAGGACUACCCGCCCGACCACGCCGUCGCCAACGCGUCCGCGCGCGACCCGAACAACGUGAUGAUUGCGGGCGGGAGCGUCAUCAUCAGCCCCCUGGGCAAGGUGCUUGCGGGCCCACUGCUGGAUGCGGAGGGUGUGAUCUCGGCGGAGCUCGACCUGGACGACGUACUGAGGGGCAAGUUCGACCUGGACGUGACGGGGCAUUAUGCGAGGAACGAUGUCUUCGAGUUCAAGCUUCGCGAGCCCCCGGCGACCAGCUCAUAGUGAUUCGUUUGUGUAUGAAGAAAUGUACAUGGGGUACGUCGAGUCGAGUUGACAGUGUCUAACUUCGCCGCUUGUUAUCGUUAUCCAGAGCCAAGGUGGGUGCAGGGCCGGAUCAGCGAUAGUUCAUCGACAUCUGGAUCCCGUCGUAGAAGUGACGGAGAGAGAUUGCUUCGGUGCCUGCACGCUGCCUGCAAUGUCGAGCCUGUUUCCUCUUCGACCAGCGGUCAACAGAAGAUUGAACUCUGCAAUCAAGGAGACGAGUGCACUGCUGGAU